UUUUACUGCUGGAUGAUUGUUGGGGCAUUCCUAAAAAAUCUUUCUCUGGUUUCCCUCCUGUUGAGUUGAAUUCCUCGUAACUACAUCGCCACAAUUCACAUUGUUUUUGGCUGUUCACCAUGAGUGUGGAUUGGAUUGGCUUUGGUUACGGGCUGGUCGUGGCUCUUGGCGGGAUCGUAGGAUAUAUUCGCAAAGGAAGUAAAAUCUCAUUGGUGGCUGGGCUUUUCUUUGGCCUGUUGGCUUGUUAUGGAGCAUAUUGGGUAACCCACGAUCCCAAAGAUGUAAAGAUAUCAUUGUUCACAGCUUUUAUACUGACCACUAUAAUGGGAGUGAGGUUUAAGAGGACCAAGAAACUCAUGCCGGCUGGAAUUAUAGCAGGCCUCAGCCUGGUGAUGGUUGUGAGACUUGUCUUCCGGCUCAUAUGAGAAAAGAGGCACUUCCAGAUUUCCACGCAAUCAGACAAAGUACUCAUUGAAUUACGGAUAUCCCUUCCGAAAGAUCAGCCAUUUUUGUUGUGAUUACGAUGACAUAAAGGCAGCGUUAUUCCUCCUGGACUCAGAAAUCCAUUCAUUCCUUGUGUCGCAUUCUUUAAUGUUUUAAGUAACAUUUUGUUGAUUUAUGUCUUAUUCAGACCAAUGACUAACUUGGCCUUCUAAUUACUCUUUUAAUUUGUGGGACGAAGAUUCAAUUUACGCUUUAUUCUUCCUGGAAUGAAUAGAAGUCACAGGAUUUUUAAAACUCAGGUUUUGUCAUAUAUGGUGGCAUCUAAUAAAGUUUAUACCCAGUCCUCCUAGAUGAAGGUAAUUUCAUAGAUCAAGAUACGGAAUAAUACAAAUUUAUGUAUAUGGAUUACAUUGGGUUUUUAUCUUUGUAAGCUACCCAGAGUCGCCGAGAGUGAGUUGGGCGGCCAUAGAAGUUUCAUAAAUAAAUAAAUAUUGUCUUUCAGUUCCGUUAAAAUAUUAAUGAAUGCUGUAUUAAUUUC